AUGUCCAGAACCCUGUUUGUCAACGGUCGGAUCCUAUCCAAGGCAGAAGUUGGUCUCAACGGCACAGCUCAGUUCUCAGACAGUCUUUUGGUACAGGGGGAUAAGAUCAUCGCCAUUGGAGCUCGUCGCGAUAUCGCCUCAGAUGUCGGCUCAAACACCGAGGUCCGUGAUCUCAACCAGCGCGUUGUACUCCCCAGCUUCAUCGACGGCCAUAUGCAUCUCCUUCUCCUCGGCCAAUCCCUCCGAAAACUCGAUCUGUCACAUUGUAAAACAGUCCAAGAUAUACGAUCGUGUAUAAAAGAUUACGCGGUCGCAAACCCCAAAACUCCAACCAUCUUGUGUAAAGGAUGGAGACAUCAUAUGACUCCAGAUGGUGUGACUGCUGCUAUGCUGGACGAUCUUGACCCACGACCUAUCUUCAUCGAUGCUGGCUCUCUACAUUCCUGCUGGUGCAAUACCGCAGCCCUUGAACAACUUGAAGUUGCCGACAUGCCAGAUCCGGCGGGAGGCAAGAUCUAUCGGGAUGCUGAUGGAAGGCCAUCUGGUCUUUUAGAUGAGGGCGCGAUGAUGUCUAUCAUCUGGCCAUUCCAAGCAAAGUCAUCCCCGAAGCAGGAACGCAUCGAGGCAAUUCGAGCUGCCAUACAAGAAUACAAUACAGCUGGUUAUACUGGCGCAGUAGAAAUGGCUAUGGAUGAAGAGGCCUGGGAUGCUCUUGUCACACUCAAAAAGACGACACCCAAUCUCUCAUUACGAAUCGCAGCACACUGGCUGAUCAAGCCAACCGCCAAUCCGGAACAAAACUCUAAGCAGGUGCAGAGAGCGAUCGAACUGAGCAAACAGUAUAACUCAGCAACCAGUCCCGAUCUCCGUCUCGUCGGUAUCAAGGUCAUCACAGAUGGUAUAAUUGACGCCUGCACUGCUUACCUAUCUGAGCCAUAUGCUACAGCAGGGAAUCCACCACCAAUUUGGGAGCCCGAACACUUGGGGCCAGUUGUCAAGGAAGCGGAUGCAGGCGGCUUGCAAGUUGCUCUCCACGCAAUAGGCGACGGUGCAGUUCGAAUGGCCAUCGACGCCAUAGAAAUGAAUGCCACACCCGGCCGGCGCCACCGGAUUGAGCAUCUGGAACUUGUAUCUCCAGAGGAUGCCGUAAGGCUCGGAAAGCUUGGCCUGACAGCGUCUAUCCAACCAAUCCAUUCAGACCCUACAGCAUUGACAGCUUGGCCUGAACUUCUGGGAGAAGAACGCUACCAGCGAGCAUUUGCAUACCGAGAGUUCGCUGACGCCGGUGCUUUGAUGGCCAUUGGUACCGACAGCCCUACGUCUCCAUGGUCUCCAAUGCACAACUUCCACGUGGCCAUCAAUCGACAAUCUUCGAAAGAUCCCACGAACCCCAAGAUCGUGCACGAACAUUUUAAACUGGGGAUGUGCGAGACCUUUGUCGCAGCCACAGAAGGUGCGGCUCGCAGUGUAUUUGCAGAGAACCGUGUUGGGAGCUUAUCUGUUGGCAAGUUGGCUGAUUUCAUUGUGGUUGAUAUGGAAUGGGACCCCAAGACUUUACUCAAGGCCGAGGUGAAGGAAACUUGGUUUGGAGGUGUAAGAGUAUUUUGA